GUGGUCUGUAAGUACAAACUACUAGUUCUUCUCACGCUUGCAGGAGUUCUCGUUUCGACUGGUCGAUGCCACCGCCGACUGUCCUCUUGAGAUCUCGCUCGGGAAGUCCCGCCUUCCCUCCACUGGUACCAUCGCGCUGGACUUUCCUUCGAACCCGAACUGCAUGGACCCGCGCUACCCCCUCCUCGCUAUGGCUCUGGAGGAUGGCGUGUUCCAAGACUACACUUGUCUUGGUCAACUCAUUGACCAUGCUUCGUCGCUUGCCCUGGGCACAUCGCAGCAUGUCACCUUAGCCUCUACCUCCUAUCUGUUACGUGAUAUCAAGCCCAACGCCUCCGGUUUGCAAUCCCCAUCGGAUGCGCCGCUCUCGCAUGCGCGGAGCAUCUCCAAACUGCGCUCCCUUGCACGGACGAUCGGCGUCAACGAUGAGAUCGGCUGGGCUAGUCUCCAGCGCGUCAAUGUGAAAUCAACGACAACAACCACUGUGGCCCUUGCCCCUCGCAAGAUCUCCAACGAGGGCAUUAGCCGUAUCAACACGCACCCGAAGGUGGCCCAAAUGUUCGCCCAGCGCCAAUGUAUCCUUGAGCAGAUCAAGGAGGUCGAUCCUACAGCUGGGCGGACAGAGGCCACUGCUCAACUGUACUCGGAAUACGACAAACUCGGCCGCGCAUCGAACAACUUUCGCGAGAAACUCCGCCGUGAGCAGCUCGCACGCGAGGCCUCAACCAUGUCUCCGGUGGCUACGCCGGCGUCGUUCUCGACAUCCUCCUCGUCUCGUUACGCGCCGGUCACUACCCCGAUCGCAACUCUGACGGUUCCUUUAGGAAAGCAUCUUGAUCCUCGAGGUGUCGAACUCGCAUCAGCAGCGCUCAAGAUCGAGCCAUCCGUCACCGUCGUCGCGUGUCCCUCGCCUGCCCAGCUGGUGGCGGCGUCCUCGUCCGCGGUGCCCCAGAUUGCCGACCUCGUGGACCUGCACGGCCGCGCAUCCAGCCGGCACGCAUACGCGGUGACCGACCGUUGCCCCUUUUGUGAUGAGGACCUCGCUGCCGAGCUGCCGACGGCUCGUUCUCGUCACAUUCAUGGCUGCCAUGGUCGAGACUUGGGCAAACAGUACGCCGCGGCCUCCUACGCCAUUCACUCGUCGUGCCCAAUCGAUGGCUGCAAAGACCCCAUCCAGACCGCUGCCAACAUGCCAAAACACCUAACUAAGCAUGUACACCAGACAUGCAAGGUUCGCACCGCCCGAGGGGUCUGCGGUGCCGAAACAUCGCGGACCACAGAGGCUGUUCAUCGAGAGUUUGCGCACGGCCUACUAGCAUCGACUGGGGCAUAUCCCCCUAGCUGCUUGCAGUUUUGCGAGCUGUGCGAAACUUGGCUGCUGGGCACUAAGACAAUUGUCGACCACAACAUGGGGCACAUUGAGGAAAUUGCGCACCUCACUAGCGACACACCCCGUCUGCUCGGCUAUGACCCGCAAGAGAUGUCAGCCCAACUUUCGCCCUCAUUCUGUCCCAUCUGCUUAUUCUCCCCCGACCUCCCUCCCGAGACGAGGGUCUACAAGACCAUCGAUCGACCGAAGCAGUGCGCGCACAUCGUCAGCCAUCUUUGCGCACUGAAUCCAAAAGAUCUCCACCGUUGUGCAUAUCCUGCGUGUGAGGGCACGAUGACCCUCACGGCUCUGGCGGAGCAUUACAUGAGCUUCCAUGGGCACCGUCUCAAUGGCGGCCGAGGCACUCAGGUUAAAACCAUCGACGGCGACUUGAACAACCUGAAAGGGUACAAACCAACUACUCCUCCCGCGGGGCAAUGCAACCAACCAUACGACAAGUGGACAGUCAAGGCCCUUCGAGAGGCUUGCCAAGCAAGGAACACACCAGGCGGCGUUCGGGGCACAAAAGCCCAACUCGUCGGUCGUCUCGUUGCCCAAGACAAUUUCUCGGAGGGAAAUGAUGUAGACCCGCGUGGCGCACCUCCCGAGGAGAGUUAUAGCGCGCAAAAGCGCGGCGUCGAGGACGCUGAGCCCAGUGACCCUCGUAAGCGUUCACGCAGCGGGAAGGAGAGGGUCACUGAGAGUAACGACGAGUAGAGGCGCCAGUGGCAGUCAAGGAGUUCUCAAAACAAUGUAGGCAGAGUCGUAGCAAGGUGCGCGAAGUUAUAGCAAGGUUCACAGAGCUGUAGCGAAGUCCACGAGAUGUUUCC